UUUGGCGCCACAUUUGUUGUAACGGUGCAGGAGCUGUCGGCCGUCCGAUUCUUGUCCCAAAACCCAGAAAAGUCUCUCUUCAUGCUGUUUUUGUGACACAUGCUCCACUUUAGCCUGUCGUUUUCGUGUCGAGGACUCAACGCCAGCGUCAUUUGUCGCUCUCCAAGAUGUUUGUCACGGACAUACGGAAAGAAUUUUAUGACGUUGUUGCCAACCAGAGAGUUGCACUCCUGGUCGCGUCAGAUAUCGAUGCUCUUUGCGCCUGUAAGAUCCUUCAGGCCUUGUUCCACUGCGACCAGGUUCAGUAUACCCUUGUGCCAGUGACGGGAUGGCAGGACCUUGGCACUGCCUUCCUUGAACACAAAGACCAAUUUAAAUACUUUGUCCUCAUCAACUGCGGCGCCAACGUUGACCUCCUCGAGAUGCUGCAGCCCGAAGACGACUCCAUCUUCUUCAUUUGUGACACACAUCGGCCUGUAGAUGUGGUUAAUGUCUACAAUGACACUCAGAUAAAACUGCUGAUAAAACAAGACGACGACUUAGCCGUGCCCUCCUAUGACGAAAUAUUUCAAGACGAGGAGGAGGAGGAGGGAGAUGACUCCGGAAAUGAAAGCGGUGAUGGCUCCGAGCCGUCUGGCAAACGGAGGAGAUUUGAUGAAGGGGCAGUUGAGAGGAGAAUCGAGAGGCAACGUGAGAAGAGGGAGUGGGAAGCACGAAGGAGGGAAAUCUUAUUUGAGUAUGAGCAGUAUGAAUACCACGGAACAUCUGCAGCCAUGAUGUUUUUCGAGCUUGCCUGGGUGUUGACUAAAGACACUAAAGACAUGCUCUGGUGGGCUGUCAUCGGGCUGACAGACCAGUGGGUUCACGACAAAGUCACACAUAUGAAAUAUGUAACAGACAUCGCCACUAUGCAGCGGCAUGUGUCCCGACAUAACCAUCGAAACGAAGAUGAGGAGAACUCUCUUUCCAUUGACUGCAUGAGGAUCUCCUUUGAGUACGACCUGCGUCUGACCCUGUACCAGCACUGGUCUCUGUACGAGAGCAUCAGUAAUUCAUGUUACACCUCCUGCCACUUCAAGCUGUGGACUUUAAACGGCCAAAAGAAGCUGCAGGAGUUCCUGGCUGACAUGGGGCUGCCUCUAAGGCAAGUGCGGCAGAAGUUCACCUCCAUGGACAUGUCAAUCAAAGAGAACCUGCGGGAAGUUAUCGAGGAGUCUUCCAAUAAAUACGGAAUGAAGGACAUCCGUAUCCAGACAUUCGGUGUCCACUUUGGCUUCAAGAACCGUUUCCUGGCUAGCGACAUGGUGCACGCUACCAUCGCUCUUCUUGAGAGCACAGAGAAAGAUGAGAGCGAGACAGACAACUUUAUCAAGGCUCUGGACUCUCUUUCAAGGAGCAACCUGGAACGUCUCCAGUCAGGCAUGGACCUGGCUAAGAAGAAGCUGAUUGCCAUCCAGCAGACUGUCGCUAGCUGCAUCUGCACCAACCUCAUCUUGUCCCAAGGACCGUUUCUCUACUGCUACCUUAUGGAGGGCACCCCUGAUGUCAAGCUCUUUUCAAAGCCCAUGGCCUUGACGCUACUCUCAAAGUACCUCCUUAAAGCAUUCGUCCAAUCAACGAGGAAUAAGAGGUGCAGGUUGCUUCCGCUCAUCAUGGCCGCUCCCAAAGAUGUGGAGAAAGGGACUGUCCUCGUCGUGGGAAUACCACCCGAGUCAGAAACAUCUGACAAAAAGAAUUUUUUUGGGAGAGCAUUUGAGAAAGCUGCAGAGAGCACCAGCUCCAGAACGCUGCAUGACCACUUUGACACAUCCAUUAUUGAACUCAAGACUGAAGACCGCAGCAAAUUCCUGGAUGCACUCAUAACCCUUCUGUCCUGAGGCAUUUCUUCUCCAAAUGAAUGUGAGUGUGACUGAGAUACAGUAUAUGAAUGAUGUCCACAUCAUAGAGCAGCACUAGUGAGAGUAUUUAGUUUUUCUUUCCUUUUUUUUUUUUUCUCUUAAUGUUUUUAAUCAGAUUCUGUGUAUAUUGUACAGUAGGUUGUAAAUGUGUGGGUGUUUUAUGUCUGUGUGUCAGACUUUCAUUAAAUGUAACAUUUUAAGCAUGUUUAAUAAACCCACAAGGUCUUAAGUAACAAAAUGGCACUUAAAUAUUUCAAUUAGGUUGUUUCAGUCUCUUUUAAACACAAACCCGUGAUCAUCAAUAUUGACUAGUGUACCAGUGUAAAAUCAUUAACAGUUUAAUGCUUUAAUGCAUCUCAUCACCUCAAAGACACAGUUGGUGAAAUGGAAUGAACGUGAUCUAAGCUCAGCUGAAGGCGAGCGUGCAUCCUCGGUACACACUCAAGCGAGAAUGCAGGUCAGGUGUCCUGGUGGUAAUUUGCUGUCGGCCGACAGCACCGCUUGAAAGGAGAGGGUUGGCGUGGGGGGGCAUCCAGCGGCAUGACUGGUACAGUAAUUGCUUAAUACUCAUACAUAUGGUUAAUCCAGAGAAAGCUGUGUGAUCUUGAUCACUGGACACCAGAUCAAUCUUGUGAGAGCCAAUGAAAGAUUCAACAUUUACAAAAAUCUUGUUUAUUGAUGGUUUGGAUAGUUUGAACUCAGAAAAGUAUUGGCUAACAAUAUUUUCAUUUUUGUAGCUGUAGUUUGAAAUAGUGUAGAGAAAUAGUGAGGCAUCGUGCUUCUUUAAAUAUUUUACCUCAUGUAGCUAAAUAAGAACCUAAAUAAAAAUAAUCAGUCAUUUAUUAGGAACCUGUAUAGUGUUGGAGUACAGUGUUGGGCGUUUGACCAAGAUUUGGGGGUCAAAUAUGUAGCAAGUCAAACAAGACUUCAUGGGUCACAAUCUCAUGAGACUUGAGCUCAGUGAGGACGAUACUGCUUAUAUGCGGGCUUCCUCUAGUAGUAUGCAAAAUAAUCCCUCAAUGAAAUACUAAAAUAAAAUAAAAACAGAAUAAAUGAAAAUUAUCAACCGAUGCCAAGAAAAUGAAGGGAGAUCUUUGUUUGUUUUUAAACAUUUUAUUCAGGUAAAAUGUUUCUUCAACUUGUGUGCAAUAUAUUUUAAUUGAAUCAUUCAAGUCCACUUUUUUUAAAAUUUUGCUUCAUUUAGGUGCAGUGCUAAUGUUUUACUGCCUUUCGAUGUUACUUUUUACCACUAGUCAAACUUACUUACAAAUUGCUUUUUGUUACCUGCCUUCAGGCAUCUGCAAAUCAUUUUUUUUUUAGUUUUUAGUAAACUCAUCCACUUCUCUUCAUACUUCAAUGACAGUUGGGAAUUUAAAAAAUGUGUUUGUGUGUAAAUCAGAAACUGUGGAGUUUAAGGUUUUAUGAUGCAGGUGUACUUAACUUUAUUGCCAGUGAGUGCGUGUCUCGCUGCUCAAUCACUGGUCAACUAUUCCUCGACUGUUUACAUGUGUAAUGGUUCUGUUUUAAACAGGCUUGCUGUUGUGAUGUUAUCCAGUGUAAAACAUGUUUAUCUCCACCAACAUAAUUAUGUAGAAUUACACAUGAAUGGAUCAUUAGUAGCCGCUCCUUCUUCUUUGUAUCUGUUUUUGUCUCUUCCCGUUCAAGACAUUUUACUGUACUGUGUUAGGGCUUUAAGUGAGGUUGAUCAGGAACUAACUAGCUUAAACCUUCCUAACAUACUUGGAGAGUACAUUACUUCAAAAACAACCAUACAACACAAGUGAUUUGACAAAAUCCCAACAAUAUACAGUAUGUAUCAAUAUUUUAUAAAAGAAAAUAAAAAACAUUUAACCUCCACCUGUUCGCAUCGUCACGUGGCCGUCUGGCCUCGGCCAUCGAUCACUUUUCCUCUACACUCCCUCCCCUUUUCCAUACACCUCUGCCGAUGAAGGGCCACUGCCUUUUCCGCCACUCUGCAUGUGAGGAAUGUGGCAUGCAACACACACACACACACACACACACACACACACUCCUGGGGGAAGUAGACCCUCACAAGGCAGGAUCAUGCAGCCAUGUAGUGAUCUGGGCAAGCCUCGCAGACUGUCCUGUUGCUUUUAGUGGGAGGGGAGGGUGCUUACCAUGAUACUCUUUAUGGCUCAGUUUUUCUUUUUUUCUUCUUCCUCUUCACAUGGUUUAUUUUACUGCUUGUAGCAUCACGACGAGGUCAAUAUCACUAUACAGUGCCUUCGGUGUCCUCAUUAGAAUCCCUCAGUCAUCAUGAAAAUGUAGCAGAAUAAUGAAACUGCGGUCUUAUAUUAACUUUGUAAGUGGCCAAACCUUUGCACACACACCAGUACAAUCAUAUAAGUCUGUUAAAAUGUGUUUUCUUCAUUUUGUAACAUUUUAUUUCCAUCGGAACAGCCAAUAUAUUUUGGCAUGUCCCAAACUGCUCUGCUAGCUACAUUGUGUGUAACAGUCAGUUAAAUGAUACUGAAUAAAUACAAAUUCAUGGUUUUAUUGUC